UUACAGAUCGGCACAGUUUACCAACUAGUUAUAACUAUCACUAUACUACUAUCUCAAAUACUCGGCCUGGAGUCGGUUCUAGGCACUCCACACAGUUGGCCUUGGCUUCUGGCCCUCACUGCAGUGCCUGCUGCUAUCCAGUGCGUCACGUUACCCCUAUGUCCUGAAUCACCAAAGUACUUAUUACUUAAUAAGGCUCAAGAACUACACGCUCAAAGAGCUCUUAACUGGUUACGAGGUGACGUAGCUGUUCACGGCGAAAUGGAGGAGAUGCAUCAGGAAGCCGAAAAGAACAAAAUAAGCAAGAAAGUAACCCUCCGUGAGCUCUUCGGGAACCGAACGCUUCGCCAACCCCUUCUCAUCGCAAUGGUGGUUAUGAUUGCUCAACAGCUCUCCGGAAUAAACAUCGUCAUAUUCUUUUCCACGAAAAUCUUCAAAUCAGCCAAUCUAGACGAAACGCAUUCACAAUAUGCUACAUUAGGCAUGGGGGCAAUGAACGUUGUGAUGACGGUCAUAAGUUUGCUUUUGGUGGAGAUAGCCGGACGCAAGACAUUGCUGCUUGCGGGUUUCAGCGGAAUGUUAGCUUGCACCGUGUCUCUGUGCGUCGCUUUGAAUUAUACGGAAAACAGUUGGGUGUCUUACCUGUGCAUUGCAUUGGUAAUCCUGUUCACGGUCAUGUUCGCUGUUGGACCCGGCUCCAUUCCCUGGUUCCUCGUCACUGAGCUGUUCAACCAAUCAGCGCGCCCAGCAGCCUCGUCCGUAGCUGUUACUGUUAACUGGACAGCCAAUUUCAUCGUGGGUCUCAGCUUUUUGCCAUUAUCGGUAAUUCUUAAAUCUAACACGUUCAUCAUAUUCGCUGUGCUGCAGCUCCUUUUCAUUAUAUUCAUCUAUUUCAAAGUGCCAGAAACGAAGAACAAGACUGUAGAAGAAAUCACCGCUAUGUUCAGGCAGCAUUUGUAAAGCCCUUCACUGCUCUUUGUGGGUGUGAAACCGGGGGCCGAAGUAGGUUAGAGUUAGAAGCGUGUCAGCGUACCCAAAAUCGAGUACUAAACUCAUGUGUAUACGGUAGAAAUUACAAAGUACUGGUAAAAGAAACUUAGUAGCAGAAGAGCUCCUUGAAGGUGAGCAUAACUGCGUUCUAGUUGCAGUGGAUCCCUUCGGUCUUUGCGAUUUAAAGCUCUGAGUGGCACUGGAACUGCUACGGACAGGCGUGUUACUUAACACGUAUGACCUGUUCGUCCAGUCACUUAGUAUCAUAAAGAAACACAUUGCAAAUCCUAUCGUAUACGUAUAUAUUUUAAUUUCAAUUUUAUACGCGUUGAAGCGCCGUUCCUUUCUUUCGGUUUUUUUAUUUAAAUGGUGCGUUGUAAAACUUUAUGUUAAUAGUAUACAAGGAAAAUAAAAGCAUUAGAUAGUUAUAAACAUGGUAACAACUCAAGAUACAGUAAUAGGCAUGUAAUAGCAUAGUUGAAUAAGACCAAGUAGAGUAACUCGAGACAAACGUAGCUGCACGGCUUGUAUGUAUGUACGGACGCAUACAUUCGCAUAAUCUCGCGAGUCAUUCACGUUGCAAAGCCAGGGUCGUCGCGCGAGUUAAGGAUGUUGCCUUGGCAUCCCCAAUAGUUGUUUUACCUAGAUUAAUUAAAGUUUGUACCUUGCGUAACUUUAUUUAUUAAAUUGUCGAAUUGCAACUUUUAGCAUGUUCGUUGUUACUUCAAUUAGUAUAUAAGUAGUAAUACUUUAGGUUAUUCUUGUACCAGACUUCAGAUUGUGACGAUGUGACCUUCUUCCAUAGUUAUCCCAACUUUUAUCGCCUUUUCUCCGGUUCCUAGCCAUUUUUAAAUUUUGAAUCAUUCUUUAAUUCUUUGCCUCGCCGUUCUGUUUUUGUUUCGCUCCACCGUCACUUCCUGUUCGAUCGCGGCAGGGUACAGUGCAGUCAAAAUUUCAAUUACGUCUAAUUUUGAUUCCUUUACCGAGUUUUAAUACCGAUUUGUAAAUGCUACUACUAAUCAUGUGCCAAUUUCAAUACCAAUCUGUAAUAAACCGAAUUUACUUGUUUUUUUUUACAGUCUUUCCUUUUUCUUUUCUUUACCAUCAACUUACAAUAAAUUUCUGUGAACCUGAAGUUUUCUUAUUUUAUUGCCGUGAACAUCACGGCUCGUUAGGGUUGCAACCCUUUCUAGACUAUACUUUUCCUUAAGUCGCGCGCCAUUCAUUAUUGAUGGUUGGUGUUUAAAAAACGACAUUAAAUAUUAGAUGUGUUUAAGGUUGUUUGAACAAGAGUAUAUUGGUAUAAAAAUAACAAUCCGCAAGUGCUGCAUUUAACAAACGGUUAUGUCCAUAUAACACGAGAUAAUUGUUAUUAACAUCUUUUAUUUUUCAAAUUAUGUUUACAUGUAGGCACAACUAAAAUAAUUAUGUGACAACCCUAGCUCCGAGUGUAGGCAUAGAUGCGUCAAGCCCGCGGGAGUUGCCCUACUUGGUCUAUAUAGGGUAUUUUACUUAAAUACUGAUAAUAAAUAAUUAGUUUUUCGAAAUCUCAACUAUUUAGAGAUAUUUGCCGAAAGUGAAUGGUGGAGAUACUCCAUCUCUUUUUUGUUACCGCCCAGGCGUCGCAUCGCCCGUGUGGCAUCGCUCUAAGAUUGUUUGUGAACUACGUUCGAUUUCAGUUUCUAAUCCGAGAAAUGACGGUCCGAAGUCACAUGGAUCAUUUUAUCCCUAGGUGAACAAGCGAUAUUUGUAUUUUCUCGGAAUAGAAUCGGACUUAGUGCACAAGCGGCAUCCGAAAUGGGUCGGAGUUUUCUAGAUUUGUAUAGUCUCGUAUUCAGGACGAAUACGAGUCGGAUGUAGUGCGCCAAUGCACUUAGGCUGUUACGCAUUUUCCGUUUAGUGCCUAUUCAAAGAUUUCAUGAUUUUUCAAUAUUUUUUUAAUAAUUAUGUAAGAAUAGAACAAAAGGCUUUUUCAUAUUUAUUUUUUGUACUCAAGUAUAAACUAAUAAUUCGGGUUUCUUUUUAAAUUCUGAGUUAAAUAUGAGUAAUACUGU